AUAAAAGAUUGAUAAUAAAAAGCACGACAGGCCAUAUAAAAUGCUGCUAUGAGGCAUCCAACGUUUCGGAUUAUAUUGACCCUGGUUUCGCUGCACCACCUCACCGGAUCGAUACAAGUCGCCAAAAUCGGGCUAAAUGAUAACACUUUCAAAACAAUACCGCGACACUUCUGGCACGACAUCUCCUCGCCAUAUACCGAACUGCCGGAUGACGACAUCGAGGAGGAGUCGGAGGAAAGCACCACCCAUGACCCGUAUCCGUUUUUCGACGAAACGAACAUGACGGCAAAUGUAACCACACAGCUCGGCAACGACGUGUAUCUGCACUGUCGCGUAAACGAUCUGAGGGAACGAACCGUGACUUGGGUGCGCCGAAAAGGAGAUGACAUCCAUUUGAUCACAGUAGGCCGUCACACGUACAGCAGCGACUCUCGCUACUCCUUGCAGUACCAGGCCCCCAAUGAUUGGCAGUUGCUGAUCCAGUAUGCAAAUGAACGAGAUGAGGGCCUCUACGAGUGUCAGAUAUCGUCCCAUCCUCCGUUGGUGUUUCUCGUUUAUUUGAUCGUUGUCGUGCCCAGAGUGGAGAUUGUCGACGAGCGGGGCGUUGCGACGGUGGAUAAAUUCUACAAAGCGGGCAGCACGAUCGAGUUGAAGUGCAUCAUAAGCAAGGUCCCCCAGCCGACCAGCUACGUGACGUGGAAGCACGGCAUGCGAAUGUUAAACUACGACACCAGCCGAGGUGGUAUCAGGUAGGUACCUAAUUAGCUU